GCAAAUGAACGUGAUAUUACUAGUACAAACGAAGUUGCGUAGUGUUUGGUAAAACAUUGUAUAGACAUAUAUUUGUGUGUAGCAUUUUUUUUUAAUAAACUGUCAGACAUAAUAAUGGAUAUUAAUCAACAACUGUUACAUUGAAGUAGAUGACGUGAAGACCAGUAAAGGUGGGAAAAUGGCAGAGUCCAGAGAUCAUAAUCAGUUCAAACUCAACAUCCCUGAGAGAAACAUUGUGGGUGUUGCUGAUGAAGAUGUCAUCCUCUCCUGUCACCUCUCUCCUGAGACCAGUGCUGUUACCAUGACGAUCAGGUGGUUUGAGUACACAGAGUGUAUUUACCUGUAUAAGAAUGGUCAGGUGACAGAGAGGAGAGGCUAUGAGGACAGACUGAGUCUAAACACCCAGGAGAUGGAGAGAGGAAAUGUGUCUCUGAGGAUGAAGAACUACAAGGAGUCAGAUCGAGGAACCUACAUCUGUCAGGUCAUCCAUGGAGAACAGAAGGAAGAGGGUCUAGUGGGUUUAGGGGUCAGUGAAGAACACUGGUGGGCUCCAAACUAUUUAGAGCUUGAGACCCAGGAGAAGAAGCUGAGGAGGGAGGAAUCAGCUUAUAACCUUGAUAUUAACAGGAAAUUGCAUCAUCAAGAUAUUUUCUGGACCAUGGCCAGGCAAGAAGCUGGUCGACCACCACGUGACCACCACUAAUACCACUAACAGCUUUAUCAUGCACGCCAAGGUGUUGACCCUGAGAGGAGAGCAGAGUACCUCAGCAAAGAGAGAAAAGUGGAGGAGAGACAUUGAGACAGGAAAGAUAAGAGACAUGAGUGAAAGAGCACAGCGAGGACAGUGCAAAAUGUGGAAGGAUGCUAAUUAGAGGAGUAACACCAAGAGAGCUGUUGUGAGUGACCUGACCAUUCCACCAGCAAGUGCUGAAUUCGGCAACAGUCAUUACUGCCCCUCAACAUGUAACAUCAUGCCAUGUUGAGAUUGACAAGGAGAUGAAGUCAAAACCAAUUGGAUCUGAAAAAUUAAUAAAUUAAUCUUGAGUAAGUCUUGUUAUGGUAAUAUAAUUUGCAACUUUUUUGCUACUUGAUUAAUCAGUUCCAUGUCCAUCUGUUUGCGUGUUAUCUAGGUUAUAAAAUGUUUACAGAAAAUAUUUGGGUAAUUGAAUCUUCAUUCAAGUGAAUACAUCUGUAUGUUUUGUUGUUGAAUAUGUGUGUUGAUACGUGCAAUGAUUAAUGUUCUGUCUUGUUCCUAAUUGCAGGUUUUAACCAAUCAUUGUA